CCUGCUGCAUGCGUGUGUGCGUGCGUGCGUGUGUGUGUGUUUUUAAAGGAAGCAGAGGAGGCGGUGGUAAUCGCACACAUGUGAAGGCUGCAGACAGAAAGACAGCAAAGUGUUUAUUCAGAAACGGGACGACACAAAAGAAACGAAGAAGCUGCAGAGGAUGGAUGUGACAUCACACGGUGCUGCCUCCAGUGUCACUGAAGACACUGAAAAGAAGGACUCACACCAGUCAGAAUGCAUCGUGACCCAGCCGACAGCCAAUGGGACGCUCCCAUAUCACAGCACAGAUGAGGCUCCUCCCCCUGCCUCUCAUAAGUCAGAUGCUGACAGCAGUGAUGACUCUUUGACAGACAGCUCCUCCACCAAUGACAUCUCUCGACUCCUGCCCACCCAGCCCUCCUCUGCACUGCGGAAACAGAAAGGUGUGGACAGCUCAUCAUCAUCAUCAUCAUCAUCAUCAUCUCCUCCCCCUGUCUGUACUCCUCCAUCCUCCUCUUGCACCUCUCCUCCGCCCCCUGCCUCUCGGUCGUCCACGUCUAGACAACAUCAGCAUCAGAGCACCAAACAGAAGCGUUUAUCCUCCACUAAAAGCCACGCCUCCUUAAAGACGGACGCCGCCCACAUCAAGGAAGUCGCUGGAGAUGACUGUUGCGCUCACUGUCUCCUGGCCUGUCUCUUCUGCGAGGUGCUGUCCAUGUGUUCGGCUGUGGGGGACUGCCUGGUGUGCGGAAUGGGUGGGGUCGGGUGCUGCGACGCUGUGGCUGGCGGCGGCGGCUGCUGCUGCUGCUGCAUGGAGGCGGCAGGGGAGGCAGCAUGUACAGAGGAGGCGUGUCAGGCAGUGUUGGAUUGUGGGAUAAUCGAGAACUGCUGCGGCUCAUCUGACUGCUUGGAGAUCUGUUUAGAGUGUUGCUCCAUCUGCUUCCCAGCGUAGCACAGCCAAUCAGAAAAGGAUUACAAGAAGAUGUCAAGGUGUGCAAAAAGAUGUGGACUCCAGCACGCUUCACUGACCAGCAGGCUGAUGACAGACUGUACUUGGACUUGCCUGGUUUAGUCCAGUUUGGCACCACCGGUUCUCCAAGUUUACAGGAAAAGUGUAAUAAGAUUAUUUUGAGUUUUCUUGUUUGUUAUGUCAGAGUAAAAACUGAAAAUCAUUUUUUUGUCACUUUUAUCACAAAAACCUGAAAUUAUUUAUGUAAAAAUCACAGAAACGUAAUAAAUAGAGGGACGCAACGGUUUGUAGUUUGACAGGUUUCCUCCACACAAGGUGGAAAUAGCUUCCUCAAGGAUCUCGAAUCAACUUGUCUAUAUCUGGCAUUAAUAACCAUUUCCAGGUCCAAAUGCUUUUUCUUAGUUCUUAAAAGCAAAGAAGCCCCCAUGAGUUUUCAAAAUUGGUCCAAGUUCUCAGCCUAAACUUCCAUAGAGAGAGUGUUUGAGGUGAUCUGACCAAAUAUACAAGGUUAAAAAUUAAAAUGUUGCUACACAGUUGGACUGUUUGGUACAAACAACUUACGAUCCUAAGCUUUAUGCCAACACCAAAAUAAUAAUGGUCUGAGACAGUGAUUUAGUUCUGAUGCAUUGAAAAUAUUUUGUUGAAUACAUGACUGGGAGGUGUGUUACACAUAAACUGCACUAAUAACAAAGCAAAAGAAGUUAUACAGCACUGCAGCACAAUGAAAAGUGCCUCUGAAAACAAGAUCACUUAACUAGUGUUUGAUUGUCCCAGAUACCCUAAAACACUCCACAGGUAAUCAACUAAUGAAUACAGUUAAAGAAAAGCAAUUUUGAAUAAUAGUUUAGGUCAUUUUUUAAUACUCAACAUGUGAGUAUUUCUGACUAUUGUCCAUUCUCUGAAUCUUGUGUUCCUGUUGAGCUGUUGCACAUCGCACAAAUAAAACUUUCAGUCUCUGAUUGACAGCUCAGCGGGGGAGCAGGGCCGGGUGCAACAGGAAGUGGCUCCUGUGGGGGCAGGAAGUGUGUGUUUGUCGAAGCAGCGUGCCAGGACGUCCAAACAGGAAGCAGGAAAUCACUGGAGAGACAAUGGUACCUGACCUUUAACACCCGGAACAAGCCAACAUCAAAGAACGAUACAUGCGCACAUUUGUCCUUUUGUCCUAGUGAGCACUGUGAUUGACGUACUGCUUUCCCAGGCCCAUGAAUCAGAACCUGGGUCUAAUCUGAACCAUUAAACAGCCUCUGGAGCUCUAACCCCUGCUUUACAAAGAAUGUCCCCAUUUUCCAAAAUGUCCUCACAACACAUAGCCCUGAUCAUUGUCCCCACAACGGUAGUUAAACCAGAAUACAUACAUGUACGUGCAUGUGCAACUCAAACAUAUCAGUGUUUUAAACUUCAGGGUUGGGGCUGUUAGGUUCGGACCACCGUUGAAUAAAGAAAGACACAGAAACCCGUAGUUGAUUUUUUUAACCUGCAGGGAGAGUCUCAGUCAGCUCACACUCGUUUGCGUGUCUGAAAGAGAG